CUUGCACCUGAACACAUUCCCACCCCUGGCGCCCCCAUCAGCUGGCAGGCAGCCAUCGACGCGGCACGGCAGGCCAAGCUGAUGGGCACCACCGGAGCCCCGAUCUCCACUGUGAGCUCCACGCAGCGCAAACGCCAGCACUACACCAAACCCAAGAAACAGGCCAGCACUGCCUCCACGCGCCCACCCCGAGCCCUUCUCUGCCUAACUCUUAAAAACCCCAUCCGCAGGGCGUGCAUCAGUAUCGUGGAAUGGAAACCGUUUGAAAUCAUAAUUUUGAUGACUAUUUUUGCAAACUGUGUGGCCUUAGCUGUCUACAUCCCUUUCCCCGAGGACGAUUCCAACGCAACCAACUCAAACCUGGAACGGGUGGAGUAUCUCUUUCUGAUAAUUUUUACAGUGGAAGCAUUUCUGAAAGUUAUUGCAUACGGGCUGCUGUGUCACCCUAAUGCGUACCUGCGGAACGGCUGGAACUUGUUGGAUUUCAUCAUCGUGGUGGUUGGGCUCUUCAGUGCAAUAUUAGAGCAGGCCACUAAAGGGGAUGGUGGGACUUCAAUGGGAGGCAAGGCUGCAGGGUUUGAUGUAAAAGCCCUGCGAGCCUUUAGAGUGUUAAGACCUCUGAGACUCGUAUCUGGAGUACCUAGUUUACAGGUGGUGCUGAACUCCAUCAUUAAAGCCAUGGUUCCCCUCCUGCACAUCGCUCUGCUCGUUCUGUUCGUCAUCAUCAUUUAUGCCAUCAUUGGCCUCGAGCUCUUCAUGGGCAAGAUGCACAGAACCUGUUUUUUCUUCAAAGAUGGACACAAAGGUCCUAUAUCUGAAGAGAAGCCGGCCCCCUGCGCCCCAAACUCUGCCCAUGGACGACAUUGCACCCCGGCCAACGUAACGCAGUGCAUGAUGGGAUGGGAGGGCCCAAAUGAUGGAAUCACGAACUUUGAUAACUUUGCAUUUGCCAUGCUGACUGUGUUUCAGUGCAUCACGAUGGAGGGCUGGACUGACGUCCUGUACUGGAUGCAGGAUGCCAUGGGUUAUGAGCUUCCGUGGGUCUAUUUUGUCAGUCUGGUCAUCUUUGGAUCCUUUUUCGUUCUAAAUCUGGUUCUGGGUGUGUUGAGCGGAGAGUUCUCUAAAGAGCGAGAAAAGGCCAAAGCUCGCGGCGAUUUCCAGAAGCUCCGUGAGAAGCAGCAGCUGGAGGAAGAUCUAAAGGGUUACCUGGACUGGAUCACGCAGGCGGAGGAUAUCGACCCUGAGAACGACGACGAGGGACUGGACGACGACAAGCCUAGAAAUCGUAAUAUGCCGGCCAGUGAAAAUGAGUCAGUGAACACUGAUAAUGCUCCAGCUGGAGACAUGGAGGUGUUUUGCAGUCGAUAUUCACGCCGAUGGAAUCGGUUAUGUCGGCGCACGUGCCGUGCAGCAGUGAAGUCAAAUGUGUUCUACUGGCUGGUGGUUUUCCUGGUAUUUUUGAAUACACUUACCAUUGCCUCUGAGCACCACCAGCAGCCAGAAUGGCUCACCAAUGUGCAAGAAAUCGCCAAUAAGGUGUUGCUGGCUCUUUUUACUGGUGAGAUGCUGCUGAAGAUGUACAGCCUGGGCCUACAGGCCUAUUUCGUCUCCCUUUUUAACCGCUUUGACAGUUUUGUGGUGUGUGGUGGAAUUCUGGAGACUAUCCUGGUGGAAAUCAAGGUCAUGUCACCCCUCGGCAUCUCUGUGCUGCGCUGUGUGCGUCUGCUCCGCAUCUUCAAGAUCACUAGGUACUGGAACUCUCUCAGUAAUCUGGUGGCAUCUCUGCUGAACUCGGUGCGUUCUAUCGCAUCCCUGCUUCUGCUGCUCUUCCUGUUCAUCAUCAUCUUCAGUCUGCUCGGAAUGCAGCUCUUUGGUGGCAAGUUCAACUUUGAUGAGACGCGCCGCAGCACCUUCGAUAACUUCCCCCAGUCUCUCCUCACCGUCUUUCAGAUUUUGACCGGAGAGGACUGGAACUCUGUGAUGUAUGAUGGGAUCAUGGCGUACGGUGGACCCUCCUUUCCUGGCAUGCUUGUCUGCAUUUAUUUUAUCAUCCUCUUCAUCUGCGGAAACUACAUCCUCCUGAAUGUCUUCUUGGCCAUUGCCGUGGACAACCUGGCAGACGCCGAGAGUCUGACAUCAGCGCAGAAAGAGGAAGAGGAGGAGAAAGAGAGGAAGAAGCUGGCCAGAACGGCCAGUCCAGAGAAGCGUCAGGACUCUGAGAAACCACCUCUGGAGGAUGAAAAGAAAGAGGAAAAGAUUGAACUAAAAUCCAUCACUUCUGAUGGAGAGACGCCAACUGCCACUAAGAUCAACAUAGAUGAGUACACAGGGGAGGAGAAUGAGGAGAAGAAUCCAUAUCCUGUGAACGAUUUCCCAGCAGGAGAGGAGGAUGAUGAGGAGCCAGAGAUGCCAGUAGGUCCUCGUCCACGUCCACUCUCCGACAUUCAGCUGAAGGAGAAAGCUGUCCCCAUGCCAGAAGCCAAAGCUUUCUUUAUUUUCAGCGCCACUAACAAGUUCAGGGUUUUGUGUCAUAAGAUUGUAAACCACAACAUCUUCACCAAUUUAAUCCUGUUCUUUAUACUGUUGAGCAGUAUUUCACUGGCAGCGGAGGACCCAGUGAAUAAUGACUCAUUCAGGAAUCAGAUUCUAGGCUAUGCAGAUUAUGUGUUUACAGGAAUCUUCACCAUAGAGAUCAUAUUAAAGAUGACAGCGUAUGGAGCAUUCCUACAUAAGGGUUCAUUUUGUCGGAAUUAUUUUAAUAUUUUGGAUCUGGUGGUGGUCAGUGUGUCUCUGAUCUCCUCUGGAAUUCAGUCAAGUGCCAUUAAUGUAGUGAAGAUUCUCAGAGUGCUGAGGGUGUUGAGGCCCCUGAGAGCAAUCAACAGAGCCAAGGGCCUCAAACAUGUGGUCCAGUGUGUGUUUGUAGCCAUCCGUACCAUCGGGAACAUCGUCAUCGUCACCACUUUGCUGCAGUUCAUGUUUGCCUGUAUUGGUGUUCAACUUUUCAAGGGCAAAUUCUUCUACUGCACAGACACCUCUAAACAGACACAGACCGAAUGCCGGGGCUCCUAUAUAUUAUACAAACACGGGAAUGUUGGGAAGCCAGAGAAAGCACAGCGUUCAUGGGAGAACAGUGACUUCAACUUUGAUGAUGUCCUGCAGGGCAUGAUGGCUCUGUUUGCCGUGUCCACUUUUGAGGGUUGGCCAGGGCUCCUCUACAGAGCCAUCGACUCCCAUGCGGAGGAUGUUGGCCCAAUCUACAACUACCGUGUGAUCAUCUCUAUAUUCUUCAUCAUCUACAUCAUCAUCAUCGCCUUCUUCAUGAUGAACAUAUUCGUAGGUUUCGUCAUUGUGACAUUUCAGGAGCAGGGAGAGCAAGAGUACAAAAACUGUGAGCUGGACAAGAACCAGCGCCAGUGUGUGGAAUAUGCCCUGAAGGCCCGUCCCCUGCGCAGGUACAUCCCCAAGAACCCGUAUCAGUACAAGGUGUGGUACGUGGUGAACUCCACCUACUUUGAGUACCUGAUGUUCACCCUCAUCCUUCUCAACACCAUCUGCCUGGCCAUGCAGCAUCAUGGCCAAUCUCAGUCCUUCAGCAAAGCCAUGAAUAUCCUCAAUAUGUUGUUCACCGGCCUCUUCACUGUGGAAAUGAUCCUCAAACUCAUCGCCUUCAAACCCAGGCAUUAUUUUGUUGAUGCAUGGAACACGUUUGAUGCCCUUAUUGUAGUGGGUAGUGUUGUUGAUAUAGCCAUCACAGAGGUUAACGGCCUCCAAAACACUGAAGAUAACGCCAGGAUUUCAAUCACGUUCUUUCGGCUGUUCCGCGUGAUGAGGCUGGUGAAGCUUCUGUCUCGGGGAGAGGGCAUUCGGACGCUGCUCUGGACCUUCAUUAAAUCCUUUCAGGCUCUUCCCUAUGUUGCUUUGCUGAUCGUAAUGCUGUUCUUCAUCUACGCCGUCAUUGGGAUGCAGAUGUUUGGUAAGAUUGCCCUGAGGGACCACAGCCAGAUCAACCGAAACAACAACUUUCAGACGUUUCCUCAGGCUGUUCUGCUGCUCUUCAGGUGCGCAACAGGGGAGGCAUGGCAGGAAAUCAUGCUGGCCUGUUCCCCGAACCGCCCAUGUGAGAAGGGGUCAGAGGUCGGCCAUUCCAGUGAAGACUGUGGCAGCCACUUUGCCAUCUUCUACUUUGUUAGCUUUUAUAUGCUUUGCGCCUUCCUGAUCAUUAACCUCUUUGUGGCCGUCAUCAUGGACAACUUUGACUAUUUAACACGUGAUUGGUCGAUAUUGGGGCCGCAUCACCUAGAUGAGUUUAAGAGGAUAUGGGCAGAAUACGAUCCUGAGGCCAAGGGUCGGAUAAAGCACCUGGAUGUGGUGACGUUACUGCGCAGGAUUCAGCCUCCCCUUGGAUUUGGAAAGCUUUGUCCACAUAGAGUGGCAUGCAAGCGGCUUGUGUCCAUGAACAUGCCUCUCAAUAGUGACGGGACGGUGAUGUUCAACGCAACUCUCUUUGCUCUAGUACGAACGGCUCUACGCAUCAAAACUGAAGGUAACUUGGAGCAAGCAAAUGAGGAACUCAGAGCCAUCGUGAAGAAGAUCUGGAAGAGGACGAGCAUGAAGCUGCUGGAUCAAGUUGUUCCCCCAGCUGGAGAUGAUGAAGUAACCGUUGGGAAGUUCUAUGCCACAUUCCUGAUUCAGGAAUACUUCAGGAAAUUUAAGAAGCGCAAGGAACAGGGCCUGGUUGCCAAGAUUCCCCCAAAGACUGCUCUUUCACUGCAGGCUGGCCUGCGCACACUGCAUGAUAUUGGUCCUGAGAUCAGAAGAGCGAUAUCAGGAGACCUGACUGUGGAGGAGGAGCUGGAGAGAGCCAUGAAGGAAACCGUGUGUGCUGCUUCUGAGGAUGAUAUCUUCAGGGUAAAGCGGUCUGGCGGCCUCUUCGGUAACCACGUCAACUACUACCACCAGAGUGAUGGCCACGCCUCCUUCCCACAGUCCUUCACAACACAGCGGCCAUUGCACAUCAGUAAAUCCGGGAGUCCCGGCGAGGCAGAAUCUCCCUCUCAUCAGAAGCUCGUCGACUCCACCUUCACUCCGAGCAGUUACUCUUCCUCAGGAUCCAACGCAAACAUCAACAACGCCAACAACACAGCCAUCGGACACCGGUACCCCAAACCUACCGUCAGCACAGUGGAUGAACACACGGGGCCGCCCCUCACCACUGUCCCACUACCACGGCCCACAUGGUGCUUUCCUAACAAGAGGAGCUGUUUCUAUGACACUUUCAUGCGCUCUGAUUCCAGUGACAGUCGUCUCCCUAUAAUACGGCGAGAGGAAGCAUCUACAGAUGAGGCGUACGAUGAAACAUUUCUAGAUGAGAGAGAUCAGACCAUGCUCUCAGUGGACAUGCUGGAAUUUCAGGAUGAAGAGAGCAAGCAAUUGGCUCCAAUGGUGGAGGCAGAGGUAGGGGAAGAGAGGAGGCUGUGGCAGUCUCCACGAAGACGGGCAUUUCUCUGCCCCACUGCACUGGGUCGACGGUCUUCCUUUCACUUAGAGUGUUUGAGAAAACAUAACAGACCUGAUGUUUCUCAGAAAACAGCACUACCACUGCACCUAGUGCAUCAUCAGGCUUUGGCUGUGGCAGGUUUGAGUCCCUUGCUGAGACGGAGUCAUUCUCCGACGCUGUUCACGCGUCUGUGCUCCACACCUCCUGCGAGUCCCAGCGGCCGCGGCGGGGGAGGGCCGUGCUACCAGCACGUUCCGUCUCUGCGGCUGGAGGGCGGCGGAUCUUAUGAGAAACUCAACAGCAGCAUGCCGUCUGUGAACUGCAGCUCGUGGUACAGUGACAGUAACGGCAACCACAGCAGGAGUGUGCAGAGGAUGCAGCGACCCGUGUCCCUCACGGUUCCUCCGGUCACACGCAGAGACUCCAAAUCCCUGUCUCACGGGAGCGCCGGCAGCCUCGUGGAGGCCGUGUUGAUAUCCGAGGGUUUGGGUCGCUAUGCACAGGAUCCUUCCUUCAUCCAGGUAGCGAAGCAGGAACUAGCGGACGCCUGCGACAUGACCAUGGAGGAGAUGGAGAACGCUGCCGACAACAUUCUCAAUGCCAACGCGCCGCCCAACGCCAACGGAAACCUGCUACCCUUCAUACAGUGCAGAGACACUGACUCGCAGGAGUCCCGUUGCAGCCACGCGCUGGGCCUGUCGACCGCCACGGGCUCCGACGAGCUGCUGGGGGCGGAGCUAGAGCGCUCCGAGGGGGCGGGGCAGCAGAACAGCACUCUGAUGGAGGAUGAGGACAUGGAGUGCAUGACCAGUUUGUAGGGGGAACAGCAGCAGCAACGGAGGACUUCCUGUGUCUUAGCCCAGCUCUCUCUGAGGACACUGCUGUCCUGCAGUCUGACCCGUCUGUUGCGUGUACCUACCGUAGGGGUAUAAGGCCAUUCUGCUUAGCUGAGACCAAGUUGGUUUUUAGUUUGUCCGUGUUUGCGAGAGCACGAGCGAGUAGGCGUGUACAUGUUUGUGUGUGUUUCUAAAGUGCCUCACAGUUCUCACAACCUUGAUUGCAGUAAGGAAACUAAACCCUGACCGAGCAGGGAAUGAAGGGAAAAGAUGCGCUGUUGUUGCUCAAGCAGUGGGAGUUUGUGCUGACCUGUGUGUGGCGGUAGGACUCGACAGCCGCAGCAUCGGCGUGGACGCUCGGUGCCGAGCAGGUGGAUCUUGAGGGCCGUGUUGGGAAUUUGCCGCCCGGGGGCCGUCACGGGUUCGAGAGAUGUUCAGAGGGACACAUUGGAGCGGCUCUGUCUUUCCUUUCCAUCCAUCCAUCUGUUCUUCAGAAGUGUCGUCUGCAAGCGCCCUCACGUCAUACUUCUCCUUUACGGCUUUCUUUUGUGUUCAGUUGAUGAUUUUUGCUGUUUUUUUUGGAUUUGAUUUCUCUAGUUAAGCCUGCACAUAGCUUUUCCUUUUAUCAGCGGAAGACUGAACUCUCUGAAUUGCUCUUUCUUGUGUACCGUUACGGCUUUCAGGUAACUGCUCGCUGUGCAAGGUACGGGUCAUUGCAUCAGUGGCCUUUUAUUCCAGAUCUGCUUCAGGUUUUAUUUCCUUUUUUUAUUUUCCAGCAUUUAGUGUUUAUGUUGUUUGCACACAGAUGGAUGCUGUUUUUUCUUAAAUUAUUAUUAUUAUUAUUAUUGAAGGCAUUUAAGAUGUUUAUGCCAGAUGCAGUGUUGUGAAUCUAAUGCCUCUUACAGACACACAAAAACAAUUAUUUAUUUAUUUAUUCCUGUCAGAGGUGAAGCGUGUUCUGCCGGGGGUUCGGUCUCUCUCACAAUGUUUAUUGGUAGCUCACAAGCUGUAAAUGAGCAGUGUCACUCACCUGGGCGCAGGUAGCACUGACAGCUCUAAUUGGCUGCUGUUGGAUCAGACUCACGUUUGCUCUGAAACUACUGACGUUUCUUCACUGCUGAUCUCCAGAAACAUUCAGCCGACAGCUGCGAUUCUGUCACGAUCCCACCUGCUCGACACAGGGAACAGCAGAUCUUCGGAAGGUCAGUAAAGGUGCACUUUGAGGAGAGGAAGGGUGGAGUAUUCAGGGAUGUCUGGGUAGCGCAUCAUUAAAAAAAAAACUCUAAUGUAGUUCACACAGGGCUAAAUAUAUGACCAUCAUUAUGAAAGUACCAACAUCAUCAUCAUACAAUGUUAUUGAUCUAUUAUUAUUAUUAUUACUAUUAAGGAUAUUUUUCUGCUGCGUUUAACACUUGUUUCCAUGCAGUUCGGCAGACACACAGAGAACUACUUAUCGAUCUAUUAUGCAAAUAAGGUGUUGAAGCGUUAGCAUUGUGUUGGUAAUGUGUAGACGGGAUGGAGUGCGACCCCUAAACAUGAGAAACCUGACCAAUCCACUUCCAGGCGUCUCUCUGUUUGUGCCACACUAGACCGGGUUAGAAGUUCUGUCACCGUUUUGUACACUACUUCAGACAGAUACGAAUUUCUCUUUCCAUGUAUGAAUAGAUAAUUGACUAUUUUUGUCUAGCUGACUCUUCACUUUCUAUAGAGCAUCCUGGCGUUUGGUUCCAGGCCUCGAACAUCGCAUUCGAUCUCAGUCUCCAGUCCUGUGCCAUUUUUUUGGGGGAUUGACUGAUUGAUUGAGUUCCUGAAUGUUUACAGGAGGUCUCUGCUCUGAGGACGAUGCAAAGCUUGUGAAAAAACAUGACAAAUGUAGCCAGAACCCACCUGCUCCGUUCCAAAGCCGCCACCACACCCUCAUAUCUCCUACACACACGUGCCAUGUGUCAUUGUGAGGCUGCCCCAGGCAUAUUUCGAGGCCUUGGUUGUGUACGUGUGCGAGUUUAGCAUAUGCAGAGUGCGAGCGCGUUUGUGUGGUGUUCGUGUUAGUAUAUGCAGGAUGAGUGCGUGAGUGCAUGCGUAUGUGCUUGCAUACCACAAGAUAUGCAAAAACAAUGCAAUAACUUUGACUGUACAACAGUUUCCUUCAGAACUACAGCUGUACAAAACUCUAAGAUACAGAGAGAAGUAUAUUCACUGUUGUGUAUUAAGUUACAGAACUUUAAAUUGAAGAAACCUGUCAUACUUGAAAUCGGGUGCAUUUGAGUAUUGAGUAUUUUGAAAUAAUCUUGUGCGGGUCAGUUUGGUUCGAUGUUUUUCUUCUGUUGGUUUCAGUUAUCUCUGCAUGAGGAUUCUUUUGGUGUGCCAAGCGAUUUGAGUAAUUAUUUUUUUGUUGUUUUCAUUUUUAAACAUUGAGGAAACACUGAUGACGAGGAGCGAAGGUGUAAAUACAGACGGAGGAGAGAAGCGUCUCGUUGGUGUGAAAAUGA